AUGACCUCCUCUAAUCCGCAGCCCUUUGUCCAGGCAGGCGAUCCCCUUAACGAAUUCCUUCGUUCCUUCUGGCAGCGACAGGUUGAUUCUGCAGAACAAGAAACGCCUGAUUUCCGACACCCGGCCCUCCCCCUUGCUCGAAUCAAAAAAGUCAUGAAAAGUGAUCCAGACGUCAAAAUGAUUGCUGCUGAUGCGCCCAUCUUGUUUUGCAAAGCGUGUGAAAUAUUCAUUGCAGAAAUUACUGCUCGGGCCUUUAUUAUUGCGGAUUCCAAUAAACGCCGGACGCUGUCCAGGUCAGACAUCGCCAAGGCUUUGAGCAAGUCGGACCAGUUUGAUUUUUUGAUUGAUAUUGUACCACGGGAGGAACUUCCGUUCCCUACUGGGAGUGUUGUGAGGAAGGCGGGGGGAACGGAGAAUAUCAAGCAGGAACAGAGAGCGAGUCUCGGUGACGGUAACGCGAACUUGGCCUCGAAUGACACGAAUGUUGGAGGUAGUUCGGAGGUUCUGGAGCAGGUGGAUCUUGCAAUUGUGUAUUCAAUAUGA